UUCAGUUAGUCGUCGAUCGACGUUGUAACGGUCUUAGACUAUCGAACGAUCGCCUAGUUUCGAGUGACGUCGACGGGAAAAGUGAAUAAUACGGAAGAAGCCGCAGUGUAGCAAUUAGCGAGUAACAAAGAAAACAGGAGGGCACAUAAUGGCACUAACGAUAGCGUUACCACUCUCUGGUCUGGAGCCUGAGCAGUUUUCCGGGCUAGGCGCAAGACUUUUGUACGAUCAUGGUUUUAGAAGUUUGGCCGCUUACGGACCGAUUUCUCCGAGCAACAGCAGCGAAUCGAGCGGAAUCUGCAGCCUGGUACCUUCCAUCGAAUCGACAACACCCCAACAAACGCCAGCCUCUUCCAGGCCGAGCACACCCAUCGAGGUACCUAUCAAAAAGCCAGAAAAGCCAAGCCUACCGAUCCGUGUUUAUCACAACGAACGGGACAUAUUGAACUUGGGUGCGAACAUCAGGGAACCGUUCUGGCAAAUGAGAAUACCGAUGAUGCCACGGUAUGAUUUCAGGAGCUUCAUGGAGAAUAGGUCUGUGUACUUUCGCCUGGGUGAAUUCGGCCUAAUCGAGGACUAUCCAAUGAGGACAUGCAAAGACUGCGGUUUCAGCGAGCCGUCGCCAUACCUGUUUUAAAACGUCAUCGACGAAAACUAUGACAUUGCGGACAACGAACUGUGAUAAACACCAAACAAGCGGCAACCGGCUUGAAACGAGUCCAGUGGGACGAAACCAAGAAGGAGCUUAGCAAAUUUCGAAUUCGUACUCUUAGAAAGUAAAUAACAGCGAAACGAACGAUAAUCAUCCACGUGUACAUAGAGCGAUACGACGAAUUACGAAGGACUUUUCUCAUCGUCGGUAUCGCACUGACCAGAUGAUUGAUUGUUAGAGGUAAUCGACGCGAUUUUAUCGGAAUUUAAGGAUUUAUUCAUAUCAAUUCUUUUGCGAUGCAACUUUCAUGUUCCACGAUAAUCGCGUACCAGAUUGCCAAUUGCGGCGAUUUUCGCUCGUAUUUGACCAUUGCGUGAUAGUCGAUUAUCGAGUAGUCGGUCACGGGUCGCAGUGGUUGUUUCUCUUAUAAACUUUCUUUUUUUAAACGUUUUUCUUUGUUUUACACGCAAUUGAUGAAACGGAUUUUUGGCAUUUCUAAGAGGAAGUAACUAGCUCGUGCACCAACCAAGAUGUCUGUUCGAAGAAGUUGGCGCCUUGGUUGGUACAGAAGCUGGCGUCUUUCUGCUAGACGACGCGAACUUGUUCGACGCAUCGGACAAGUGUUAUGGAAUUAGAGCUCCUUUGCUAUGCAGUCUGUGCAUAAGCAGCGACUCUCUACCGAGAAUGUAGGAGCCUCACCGAGCGUUUAUUGUUAAACUAUUUAUAAGAACGCGUUCAUCGAGCGAUUCGAAGAGAAUAAAUUUCGAAGAUAAUCAUUUCACAAAACGUACGGGUUGAUAUCGUUACACCUAUACGUUGCAAAGGAUCCGAUUCGUAGGAGCAAUGAUCUGAAAGCAUCUUUAAUCACUUGCAGACAGGCAUUUUCGUGUAUGCAACAUGCUGUGCGCGGGAGACUAUUAAGUACACAAUAUAGAAUUGUGUACUCGAGAAAGUGUAAGAAGUCAUAACUGCAUUAUCAGUGUUGUUGGAGAAAAAUGUCAAAAGAAAAUGAAUGGUUCAAAGAGUACACUUUUGUUGUUAAUGCAAUAAUUCAUGUGCAUUGGAUAAUUGCAUUAUUCUUUUAAAUGGAAGUACAUAUAGUUUUUGCGUAGAUUGAAUCCUUUCAACAUUCUACGUAAAGAAGCAUUGAGAUAUAUGUAGUAGUCAAAAAUAGUUAAUUCACGAGAUAUUUUAAAUAAUUGUCUUUAUCGAAGAUAGUGUUCAAAUGCUUCUUUAUUAUAUUCUUCACAUUUUAUACAACGCUUUUGAAUUCUACAAAAUCUGUAGGAUUUGAAUAUAUAUUGCACGUAAUUCUAUAGAAAAAAUUGCUGAAGGAAGCUCGAAUCUGGCGAAUGGUCUAGCCAAGAGAUCGCGAUAGUUGUUUCAAUCAAUUCAUUGUCAUAUUUUAUAGAAAUUGUACGGCCACUCGUGAAUUACGCGCCAGUGCAUCAAUUUACUGGAAGAGAUCAAGAUUCGGUCUGUUUUCUAGUGAAAUAUCCUCGAAGAACAUCAUUACAAAAUUCAAAAAAUAUUCAUCUGCCAUAAAGAAUUUGAUAAAGAUAAUUAUUUAAAAUAUCUCGUGAACUAUUUAUUUUGUUACUCGUUUAUCUCAAUACUUUUUUACGUAGUGUAACAACAUGAUUCGAUUUAUGCAAAAGAGGUAUGUAAUUCCGUUAAAAAGAACAGUGCAAUUACGCAAUGCACAUGCACUGCUGCAUUCAUUGAAAAAAUGUGGUCAUGCGAUUAUGGUACAGUACCCUUCCAACGAUUCAUCAUCUUCUUUUGAUAUUUUUCUCUAACAGGACUGACCGUGGAGUUAUGAGUUGUUACGCUUACUUGGUCCAUCCUGUAUACACGCAGAUCGCCAAUAGGAGAUUACCGCACUUGAUCGACUGAUCGCAUAAAUGCAUCGAUCGUCGACAAAGAGUAAACUCUUUCGCUACGACAGUCUACUCCGCUCUUACUGAAUAGAACGCCGCUCCAAAAAGUUUCGACAAAGUGAAAUACAUAUAGACUAAGUGAAAUAAAGCGGUAUUUAUGAACACUGUAAGCGUAAAUGUAGACCGAGAGCGUGAAAGUAUGCACAGAGCAAUAAUUUCUGAAUGAAAAUUGAAACUGCAAGUCCAGAGUGAAUGUACGGCGUCUUGUAGAAGGCGAUUAUGAUCGCACGUCGUAACGAAAGGGUUAACAAUCUUGAUUUAAGCGUUCGAACAAUUACACGAGACUUUAGAGAACCGAUGCAUUCAGAAACGAACGAAUCGCUCGGUGCGAUUCGCGUGUCCGUACUUUCCCCUUUUUUUACGAGCUUUAUCGACGUCAAAGUGUAUCGAACGCCUCUUUCUGUCGAUAAUAAUCCAUUAAUCGACGUUAAGCUGGUAAUUCCAGCUGUGAAUUCCUUUCUUUUUUUUUCACGCGAGUAGAAUUAUUCACGGACAUUCUAUUAAAUACACCGCUCUGUGAGCAACGAUGUAGCGACCCAUUAUAAUAUUACGAACAAUCGACCAGUGCGCUAUAAUUAUAAUUGGCAUAUACAUUGUCACGAUAAAUGUAAUGCGCGCUCGCAGAGUAUUGUAAUAAUCGUAUCGAAGCCAUUUCGCUAGAGUCUUUACUGACCAUUGUUUAUAAACGGGCAAUAAACAAUAUUUUACAACGGG